AGUCGAUAUUAACGGAUGGAUAUCUUCCAGCGAUCAUAUUCGUCACCGGAAAUUUUUUCUCGACCGAUAUAUAGGGAUACUAUUUCUGUAUUGGAACAGUUGUAUUCAGUCACUCACGUAGUCGAUAUACAGCAUGGUUACUGUGAUAGUAUAGCGUCCGCCAUUUUACUUUUCGAGUUUCGAGUUGAAUAUUUAGCAGCAAUGAUGCUGAGUGCAAGCAAUACACAUCCAUUAGCAGUCAGCGCGAUCCAGUCGCGUUAUCUUGCCGGGAGCGUUUCACAACAUGAUGAUAUGAAAGAAGAGGAAAAUUCUGACACAGACGACAGACUUCUGAAGAUGCCCACUGUACCUUUUGUAAACCCAACUUUAAAUUUAAAAGCUGAUGAAAAGAUGGCGGAAAAUGAAACAGAAGCUGGACGUUUGAUGAUUUCGUCGUUAAUGAUCAAGCACCCAAGUUUGAUCCAGCGGGAUUUUUUUGCCACUUCGCCGUCCAGUAGUACGUCGUCAGUAACCACGUCAUUGUCUCCAUCUAGAUUAGGUUCAGCAUCGGUGAAUUUUGCUUCAAAAUCUUCUCCAGAGAAUGAUUCCUCUCUAUAUAGAAGACAUUCGGUAGAAAAUAACUCUUCUAAUCGGCUCAGUGAUGACAGUUCAUCUUCUAUCAGUUCCAAGGGUUCUAAUUUCAGAAUUGAUGCAUUGCUGUCGUCCGAUGCUAAAAAAGAUUCCCGGUCCAAUAAGUCGUCUUUCUUGCAUCCGCAUUCAAGAUUGAUAGGACACGACGUGGUAACAAAAAGGCAUCAUCCACAACCAUUUGAAGGGUCAAGAAACGAAAGUCGCAUCGCGAGAAGUCCGGCGAUUGAUGUUGUAAAUGAUCCAGAUAUCCACGACAACGAAAGUCUACAUUCUACUGGUUCUUUUUCAUCGUCCAGUGGAAGAAGAUCUUUGUCACCUACCGAUAAAAGAACAAGCAAUAUCAACGGAAUUCCAAAACCGGAUCCAGAAGCUUUUCGUAACCAGGACAGCAGUCGCGAAUCUAUAUCUGACCACCGCGUACUAGGAGAUCAUCUGUGGCAUUCAAAAAAUCCAACCAGUAUGGGGAUUUACCCAAACUGCAACCCAUAUCAAAUGAACCCACUUGCAAUGGUUGCAAUGUUAGCUGCAGUCAGAGGAGAAAACGGUUCCCAUUUUCCCGUUGAUGUAGAACGAAAAUCACCCGCUGAUAAUACAGAAGCAUCCAGGGAUAAAAUUCAUCGCCCUCAAGUCGCCGCGCCGCACCCUGUCCACCCAAUCGCUCUGGCUCAUGGAGGACUCUUUCAAAGGCACUCUGUUCCCCAACACAUGGCGAUGCAAUCUCAAUAUCAUCCUCAUUUCGGCUUGAUCCAUCCAGGACUUUUUGAUCACAUUCCCAAUCAACAAGCAGCUCUAGAACUGAUUCGCAACGGUUCAAUGCUUCGUGGGCUAACAGGAUAUGCAGAACAACUUCAUCCCAGCCUUCUGAGCAAAUCUCGUCGGCCUCGAACUGCGUUCACAUCUCAACAACUACUUGAACUGGAACGUCAAUUUAAAUUGAACAAGUACCUAUCAAGACCGAAAAGAUUUGAAGUUGCUACAAAUCUUUGUCUCACCGAAACACAGGUGAAAAUUUGGUUUCAAAACCGUCGAAUGAAAUGGAAAAGAAGUAAAAAGGAACGCGAGGAAGGACAACAGUCGUCCACAUCCAGCAGUGAAGCGUGAAUGUGGUUUAAAAAAUUUCUCAUCACGCUCAAAGAGGUCACAAAAAUACGCUGCUGCGUCUGAUACUGGAAAAGUCGAUCUGGCGACGAAAAACAGAUGUCGUCAAACUUCGCUUCUUGGUGUUCAGUGUUGAUCAAUGUAGUACACGCAAGUUAGAAAUCAACACUUCGAUAAUAAAAAUAUAAACUGGGACACUCUAUCACAUAAAAACAAAAAUUGUGGAAAUUUUCUGAUAUAUUGUCAAGCAAAACAUUAGACACUGUCUAGCAAAUACCAGAUAACAGUAGUCGACGUAUGGACAUAAACUAUUUUCUGCAAGCCUUAAAGCAGGGCAAACUGUUAUUCGGCAACUGAUAUACUGAAAUUUAAGUGUAGAAUUCUAAUUCACGUUCUGCAACACGCAACACGGUUUGAUUUGCGUUACAAUUAUCCACUGUAGUGACGUUUUUGUUGAUAUAUAGUAAUAUCAAUUCAUUUACUCAUUUGAAGUCAUAUAGUUGUUUGAGAAAUAAAUUCAUUCGCACUUUUUGAACUCAUAUGUGGAAUUUUAAUACUUGCAUUCGGCUCAUUUCUCUGUGAAAUAGUAAAAUCAUGUCGACAAAUUCGCUUUCUUGUGGGUUCAACGGUAUAAUUUACGUGUUUGUUCACGUUAAUUUUUUAUUUGGUUCGUCUUUUUCUGGAUGUAUUUAUUUUAUAUUGAUCUAUUUUGUCUUUACUUUUAUGUCUAUUGAUAUCUUCAAAAUACACAGUCUAUUGAAUGAA